AUGGCCAGCCGAAUGCAGUGCAUUCUACUGCGCGUCUUCCAUUUGCCCGCACUUGGGCUCUAUGACAAUUGGCGUCGCUGGUUGGAGGUAAAGCGUCGCGUAGCACCCAACGCAAUUAUGGUGGCUGAGUCGCAAAGCGUGGAAGCUGUCGUCGGUAUGAAGAGUGUGUAUUCAGAACAGGCGGAAGGCAUGGCGAUCCGUCUGCAGAACGUCCAGUGCGGCGUGUGCAAGGCUGUUCACGAGGCUCUGUUUCGCUCCAACGCCAUGUCGACACCGGUGGCCACGUUGAUUCCGGAGCUUGGUGAGGAAGAGAUGCUCAAGAUGGAGGAUCGAAAAGUUGGAUUUCGAGCAUCCCUAACCAUACCUGAUAACGCACUUGCCGCAGCCUACCUUGAGUCGGCAAGAAUAUGUUAUUACCUCAGGGUGAGCUUGCUUCAGGACUAA